GUACUAUUCCCUUUGGAUCGCCCCUGUCCUAUGAAAGAUAAUUACCCAAUAGACCACCCCUGCCCUAUGAAAGGUACUAUUCCCUUUGGAUCGCCCAUGCCCUAUGAAAGGUACUAUUCCCUUUGGAUCGUACUAUUCCCUUUGGAUCGCCCCUGUCCUAUGAAAGAUAAUUACCCAAUAGACCACCCCUGCCCUAUGAAAGGUACUAUUCCCUUUGGAUCGCCCAUGCCCUAUGAAAGGUACUAUUCCUUUGGGACCUCCCCUGCCCUAUGA